AUGGAUGUGAGAACUGGUUUUGGAUGCGUCGUUCUCAGUGCUGGAUUGAGCGGAAUUCUCAGUUUCAGCCUCCUGGCACUGGCCAUAGCGACCGAGUACUGGUACAGUAUAGAGGACAAGAGACCCAACUUCACUGAUCCUCAGCAUGUACAUUCUGGUCUUUGGGGAGUGAAGGAUGAUGUACAGCUCUUUUCAGGUGACCCAUCAAGAUUAUCAGAAUCAGAAAGGCACAUGCAGGCUUUGCAUAAUGUGAUUGCCAUCCUGCUGCCUCUUAGUUUGGUGCUUUUGGUGUUUGGAGGAAUUUGUGGUCUGGCCAGCUCUCUGGCCCAUAGCAGAGUUCUUCUCAUCGGAGCUGCCUCCUAUUUCCUUCUUUGCAGUCUUCUUACAUUAUCUGGUCUAAGUUUGUAUGUAAGCUAUUCUCAACACGCCCUGGAGGAUGCAGAGAAGAGGAUAGGAGUCGAACAGAUGGCUAUGGUUCACACAUCAUUCGGCUGGUCAAUGUGCCUGGCCUGGAUCUCCUUUAUCUUGGAAGUGAUAAGUGGUUUUCUGCUGCUGCUUGCUGCUUGGAUGGCCCAAUUAACUCAGUACCAGGAGACUGUGGCCUCAAUAUAA